AAUUUUAUCAGAAUAUCACUCUCUACGUCAUACUAAACUUUAAUUUAAAGGUGAAUAACCAUUCAAUAUUUUGAUGUAUUUGUUUAAGAUACAUUAUGCUUACUAAAUGUAGGGUUGGAUCUGUCCAUUGUGUCUUUGUGUGGACCAAGAUUUUAUUAACUCUACGUUAGGUGGAAUAAGGCAGAAGGACCCAGCUGAAGCAGGGCUUCCUAGUUAUAGUCUGUGCCAUAGCAAAGAAUGACAAAUUUUCAGCAUUCCUUGAAUGGCCAUCUUAUUCUGUAGCUUCUACACUUAAAACAAAAAGAGAAGCCUAUACAGAAAGUGCAUAUACAAAUAUAAUUAAUGAGUCAAUGAUGGUGCCACAAUCAUCUUGCUGGGCCUGCACAAAUACUUUUUUCAGUUUAUAACCUUUCACUUGAUAUAACACUUUCUGCCCAUAUGCUGCUAUUGAAGUUUACGUGCCAUAUACGUUUACCUCUCCCAUACAAUUAUUAUAUAUUUUUUAUUUCAGAUUUCACAAAGGCGAUGCCCUUAUUACCAUGGCUGCUGGGCUUAAGACUAAAGGAGAAGGAGAUAAAAAAGGUUUCUUCAGCUAAAGAACCACUGGAUCCAUUUACAAUGGAAAGGAAGAUUCUGUGAGAAAGAUGAUAGAAGCUGGACUCCAGAAUCCUUAAAAUGUCAGCAACAUAGACUAAUUGUCUUUCUGGUUCGUCCAUCUUCAUAUGGGUGCACAUGCAUAGUAGAGUGAAAAGCCGAACUUUAACAAAAAAGCCAGCUUUGACCAUUGACCGUGGGCCAUCGAAGAAAGAAGCAGAAGAAGGUUUGUUAGACAUUCAUUUUCACUUUUUUUCAUGUUGCGGAGGAAUGUAUAAUUACUGUUGCUCCAGCUCCUAACUCUACAGUGACUUUACAGACCCCUAACUGGUACGAGGGACUGCCAGAAACUGUAUCUGUCUCAUGGUGAUGCCUUCUAAGCAAUUUGGGAAGUUAGCAUUUGCAAAAGACAGAAUGGCCAUUAUAUGUGAAACUGGACGUGCAUUUAUUAACAUAAAGGAACAGAAGUCUGCUGGGCCAGAUAUUGUUUUGAAAGAUUAUGAUACCCUUCCCAGCUCCAUUAAUCUUUUCUAUCCUUUCUGGCUUAACAUCUCUAACUGUAAGCCUAAGGUCUGGUCCAAGAAGCUUCAGAUACAGUUUUCUGUUAUGUUUAUCCAAAUUGAAUCAGACCUGACAACAAUAUUAAUUGCAGCUUGUUCUGCUAUUGCAGCAGUUAUUUUCAUUAUUGGAGUAGCUGUUUACUGUGUCAGAAAAAAAGACACUUCUGGUUUGGCCAGUCCAGAGGCAAAUGUGGAUGUGUACCAGCCAUUUCAAGGCCCUAUGGGUGAACCUCCUCCUGUUCCACCACUUAAUCGUAUCAACAAAGAUAAAGAGUUGAAUAUUGAAUUGAAUAUACCAGCGACACAUUCUCCACCUCCCAACUAGCAGGGUGAAAGCAGGUUUUUUACAUGUAUGAUUUGGUAGCAGGAUCAUAGCCAUUUAUUACACUUCAACUGUUACUUCGCUAUGUUGCUUGGAUAUUUUUGUUGUCAUUUGAGGCUUACAAACUAAUAUGGACUUUGGACUCUUCAUCAGUGAAGGAGCUCGUUAUAUACCCCCCUUUGCUAAAGGGUACCCCCUCCACUGAUGAGAAUAGAUACUACACUUGAUCUUGGCCAAAAGGCAGAGAAGCAAUAGAAAUCGGUACACCCAAAAGAUCCAACACCUAAGCACAUGAAAAUGAAUGUGGUCUAUACUGUCCAUUGUAGUGAAGAGUGCUCAGAUAUAUACAUUGGGGAGACAAAACAACCAUUCAGUAAGAGAAUGGCCCAACAUAGGACGGCAAACUCCCCAGGACAAUACUCCGCAGUCGAUCCAUAUCUAAAGUAAAAGGGACACUCCUUAGAGGACAAAUUUUAGACCAAGAUGGUUUGAAAGAUAUAUGAAGGAGGGAGGCCAUUUAUGCCAAAGUGGAAAAACCAUCCCUGAACAGAGGAAUGGGCCUGAGACAAUGCUUGUCAUCAACAUACAAUGUCGCUUUAACAUCCUUACCCAGCGGUUUCAUAACAAUUCACGCUUCCAGUCAUGUACAUUGAAAAAUUAACACCUGAUCAACGUACCAUUGUGACUGGAUCACACUUUCACACAUCUGUGAGUUUCAGCCAACACCAUCUAAAUAAAGUUCAAUGGAAGCAUUGUGAUUGGAUGUCUGUGACGUUACUACCCUUAAGGGUUUUUAUUUCCCUACAACUUCAGAAAGUCCAGUUGUUUUAGAGAUUACUUUCCUGUAGGGUUAUUUAAAAAUGUGGUGUGCAAAGUACGUGUGCCAUUACCCUUACUAACUAAGGCAAAACCUUCAUGAAGAAGGAGUCAGGGAUACUUGUGGAUAAUAAAGUCAGCUGCAGUGAGCAAUGUCAGUCUGCAGGAGGAAGAGCAGCCAAGGUAUUGGGGGGAAAUGUACUGUAAUAAAAGUUGCAAAGAGAAAACCAAUUUCGCACAAACCAGAAUAAAAUCUUUGUAAUUGA